AUGCGGGCUGAUGCUGUGAAAUUGAAAAACAUCCUGGGGCAGAGUAUUGGGAUCCAAAGCCUGAUGUCCUAUGGCAUAGAUAUUGAUUUCCUUGCAGGGUCACUUCCAAACCCUGUUCUCAGGGCUGAGCCAGGAUCUGUGGUUGCCAAUGGAUCUCAGGUGACCGUUAUAUGUGAAGGAACCCCAGGUGCUCGGGAUUACUAUCUUUAUCAAAUUGGAAACCAAGGUUCUUUGCAGAGAUUAACCCCAAUAAAGCCUGGAAACAUAGCCAAGUUUCUCAUCCCAAUUAUUCAAUGGUCCCAUGCCGGGCGAUAUCUUUGUUUCUAUCACAAGCCUCCUAGAUGGUCAAAGAAGAGUAAUACUCUGGAGUUGGUGGUGACAGGGUACUUACUCCCCAAACCCAUGCUAUCAUCCCUGACAAGCCUUGUGGUUACUUCAGGAGAGAUCAUGACCUUCCAGUGUGCCUCAUGGGAGAGAUACAAUGGUUUUGUUCUGACCAAGGAAGAUGAAAAGUUCUCCAGGCUCCAGGACUCACAGUAUAUAAACUCUACCGAACAGUUCCAGGCUCUUUUCCACACAGGUCCUGUGACAGUCAGUCAUACAGGAAUAUUUAGAUGUUACGGCUACAAAAAUAGUACCUAUAUGUGGUCUAAUCCCAGUGACUCCUUGGAAAUACACAUCGCAGGACAGCUUCAUGACACACCUACCCUGUCAGUGCUCCCAGGUUCCAGAAUGUCCUCUGGAGAGGAUGUGACCCUGGUGUGUCAGUCAUCGCAUCGAAGGGAUAGUUUUGUUCUGUCUAAAGAGGGGACUGCCCACUCACUUCUGUAUUUAAGAUCAGUGCUGCAAGAUAAGCUAUACCAGGCAAAAUUCUUCAUGAGGAAUGUGACCUUUACCCAUGGGGGCACCUACAAGUGCUAUAGUUCUGAAGACUUAUACCCCUACCUGCUGUCAUACCCCAGUAAUGCUGUGGAGCUUGUGGUUUCAGGAUCCUCUGCAGACCCUGACUCCUUAUCCAAAGAGCCCAUUCCAACAUUUGAUUGGACUUACACAAGCCUUGACUCUGUCUGGGCCACUGUUUUUCAAAAUGUGAAGGAGAGAAGCAUAGUAAACAUUUUUAAGUUCCUUUCAGCAGUGACCUAUGUUGGGACUUCCCUUGACAUAGGAGACUUCCAGAACCUGGUUCUGAAGUAA